AACUAAGACCUGUACAUGAAACAUGGAGUGACUUUGUGUUCCUUGUUGCAGAUCCAUAACAUGGUGGCAGUGCUGGAAGUGAUCUCCAGCCUGGAGAAAUAUCCCAUUACCAAAGAGGCACUUGAGGAAACAAGGCUCGGGAGGCUCAUCAAUGAGGUGAGGAAGAAGACAUCCAAUGAGGAACUUGCCAAACGUGCCAAGAAAUUGUUGCGGAAUUGGCAGAAGUUGAUAGAACCCGUGACCCAGAACGACCCAGUGCCAAGAGGGCUCCCCAACCCACCUGGAUCAGCGAAUGGAGGUGCUCACAACUGCAAACCAGAGACACAACUUCCUGCUGUGGCUGGAGCGAAGCCCAUCAGCGAGCUGAAAAGCAGGAAUGACAUACAGAAACUGAAUUCUCCCAAACCAGAGAAACUGGGAAAUCGGAAAAGGAAAGGCGAUCACAGGGAUGGGCAGCAGGGCCCUCCUCCCCCAAAAGUCUCCAAAGCUAGUCAUGAAGUAUUACAAAACUCUUCACCCCCUCCAACAAACGGAAUUGGAGGUAGUCCUGAAAAUUUUCCCAGCCCUGUAGACGUAAAUCUACACGCGGGGCCCGAGAGCAGCAGGACAGAACUCAGUGAAAACGAUAAACACAAUAAGAUCCCAGUAAAUGCUGUAAAACCUCACACCAGUUCUCCAGGACUUGUAAAACCUUCAAGCACUUCCUCGUUGCUAAAGACUGCAGUGCUUCAGCAGCAUGAUAAAUCAGAAGAGACCACGGGCCCUCACCAGCCCAAGAGCCCUCGCUGCUCCUCCUUUAGCCCCAGGAAUGUCAGGCAGGAUACUUUUGCUCGGCAGCACAGCACGUACUCACCAAAGGAUUCGAUGCCCAGUCCAUCUCAGAGGUCUCAGUUCUUAGACACUGCACAGGUGCCAUCGCCACCACCAUCCCUGAUGCAACCACCCACACCUCCCCUGCCAGCCAAGAGACUGGAGCUCCCCCAGCCCUCGGCCGCCGAGGUCCCGCAGCACUGGCAGGAGCAGCAGGUCCCUCCUGAGGGACACAGGCACCCAGCGGGGCCCCUCCACACAUCUCCUACCUGCAAGGCUGGCACCCACCCCGGGGACUCGCUCCUGCCACACGUGGGCUUCCCACAGGACACUUCCAAAAUGGACAGUGACGAUGCUGCUUCAGGGUCUGAUAGUAAAAAGAAGAAAAGGUACCGACCCAGAGACUACACAGUCAACUUGGAUGGGCACGUGACAGAAGGGGGUGUGAAACCUGUGAGGUUAAAAGAGAGAAAACUCACUUUUGAUCCCAUGACAGGACAGAUAAAACCUUUAACACCGAAAGAUCCUUUGCAGGUAGAAAUCCCUGCACUUACUGAACAGCACAGGACAGAAACGGAAAAGCAGGAGCAAAAACCCAACCUGCAAAGCCCUUUUGAACAAACGAACUGGAAAGAGUUAUCCAGAAAUGAAAUCAUUCAGUCAUAUUUAAACAGACAGAGUAGCUUGCUGUCCUCAUCAGGAGUACAGACUCCAGGAGCUCACUACUUCAUGUCUGAGUAUUUAAAGCAGGAGGAAAGCACUAGAAAAGAGGCUAGAAAGACUCACGUUCUAGCUCCUAACAGCAAACCUACAGACUUGCCUGGGGUCACCAGGGAGGUCACGGGCGAUGACCUCGACAGGAUACGUGACCACAACUGGCCGGGCGUGAACGGUUGUUAUGACACACAGGGUAACUGGUAUGAUUGGACACAGUGCAUAUCCUUAGAUCCACACGGGGAUGAUGGGAGGUUGAACAUCCUGCCUUACGUCUGCCUAGACUGAGAGCAGGUUUUUUGCUAAAACCCUGCUUUUUUUUUUUUACACCUGCAGUUGGCAAAAACUGGCAGACACGAUGCCACUUCCAGCUGGAGAGAACCUCCUGUCCUGGACAAACAGGCCCCACGAGCAGAGGGGGGGAGGGAGCUGGGCCUUUCCAGCUCGUUCCUUUAAAUUCUCCUUUUGUGAAAUGCUGCUACCAGUUUACUAACAAUUGCAAAGGAAGGCAUACGAAGGUUGAUCAGUGAGUUCAAAACUCUCUAGCCAGCCAGCUAUAAAAAGUGUUAGUCCCCCAAGAAGUGAAGAGGAUUUCCAGCACUUUCUGAAUGCCGGAAUCUUAGUACAGGCAGGUACAGAGAAAAUUGUGGAAGUUACCUUAACAAAAUAUGCAUCUAUUUAUUUGACUUGAUUUGGUUUUUUUUUUUUUUUUUUUUUAUUAUUUGGCAGUGAGAUAUUCGAGAGACAAUGUGCAAAAACUGUAGUUUUAUUUCUAUCACAUCUCUGAACAUGAUUGCGUUGGUCUAAAGUCAUGUGGUAAAUGGAGAUUGGGUUUUAAACAGCAGGUGUUGCACUGCAGGCUGGGCCUCCAGCUUCAGCUCAACAUUCCAUAGGCAUCCACAUCCUUUAGUCUGGUUUCAGUUUAAAUCCAGUCUCUGAGAAAUGCUGCAAAAACUAGAUGUUUAACGAUAUUUUUUGAUCCCACCACCACCAGCCAAAUAUUUUUCCUCCUUUUCCCUUCCUGCAAACUUCUAGGUAAAAAAAAAAAAUAAAAAAAAAAUAAAAAAAAAAGGACAAAAAAAAUAAAAAGAAAAAUCACCUUUUCUAGAAUCUAAAUGUAAUGAGGGUGCUACAAGUUUGUAACUGUACUGUGAGAGGGAAAAAGGAAGCCUGUUUGUAUGCUGGAAAUAUACUUGUUACCAUUCCUUUAGAUAUUGUUUGCCUUAUGGAUAUCCAUCAUAAACGCAAUUUGCAAAAACAAAGAGCCUUAGUGAAUGUACAGUAACUAGACUUCUGUGUUCCUGGGAUGCAGAAGGGAGCAACUUUGCUAUUUGGUCCUUUAAGUGGACACGUUGUGAUAUAAAUGUGGAAAUAAAAAAAAUUUGCACAAAA